UCUACUUUGUCUACUUUGUGAUCUGGGUGUUUUAUUGAUCUUAACCACACUUAAAUUCCAAAGUGUUACCCUGUAUUUAAACACUGUGUGGAUCUGCAGGGGGCAGACACGCUCACUGCAAUCCUUGCUGGAGGUUUAUUUGGUGUAUUUCAGUUUGCUGUGUUAUAUCGUUAUUGUCUAUAUCGGGUCACUAUUAAUGGUUUGAUUGAUCUGUUUAUAGUUUUCUUCGAGCUAUCUUGUUGUAGUUGAUGUAUUUUAUCACUGUUUUUGUAUUGUAGUGAGAUUCAUGUUCACUAAUGAAUUAUUGUGUUUGAGUUAUUUUCUUGCUCCACGGGGGUUGCUGUGGGCGUGUCUGCCCCCCUGCGUUUUCAAUUCCGCAGUGAAUUAAUCGAGUUCAGUUAGUCUAAUUUAUUGGUAUGGUUUAAGAUCGCUAACUGCCCUGUUUUAAUUAACUAUCUUAAUAAAUUGUUUGCCCUGAGUUGCUGUUCCUGGUGUCUUUGUGACGUCACUUCAUACACUCUCCCUUAUUCUAUAAAUAUACCAACUACCGGACUCUCCGGUUAAACAAAGGUGGAGGCAGCUGCUCGCUAUGGCAUAUUUAACACAGUAUCCGUGAACGAGCAGGUUCAUUACAGUACUGUCUGUCACAAUAAUAAUCCUCACAUCGAGUUUGUAAUUGCAGUGUACUGUCUGUCACAAUAAUAAUCAUCACAUCCAGUUUGUAAUUGCAGAAAUCUACUUUGAGGCAUUAAUGUGUCUGCUUCAUCAACUCAUAAGCAAAGCUACAGGAGUUAAGAAGCUUGACUCAAGCUCAGUGCAACCUCACCCACUUGAGGAACCUGCAGCUUGAAAUACAGGUAUGAGCAGGAAGUGCAGGAGAAGCAAUCCUAUUGUAAUACUCUGAAAGGAGACCUUACAGAGAGCAAGGCAGGAGCGGCUUUGUGUAGAAAUGGCAGUAAACAUUUCUGCUCUGGAGGCAGAUCUUUCCUGUGCUGUGUGCUGUGAGAUUUUCAAGGAUCCUGUAACUCUUCAUUGUAACCACAGCUUCUGUAAAGGAUGUCUGGAUCUGUGCUGGAAAGAGAAGAGAGUUCGGGAGUGUCCCGUGUGCAGGAGGAGGAGUUCAAGGGAGAAUAUUCAACCUAAUUUCGCUCUCAGGAAUAUUGUGGAGUCCUUCUUAAAGGAACGCAGUCAGAAUCCUCCAGCACCUAUUGGAAUAGUCUGCAGUCUGCAUGAUGAAAAACUGAAGCUGUUCUGUGUGGAUGAUAAAGAGGCUGUCUGUCUUGUGUGUCAAACUUCAAAGAAACAUGAGAAUCACAAGCUCCGUCCUGUUCAGGAGGCUGCACAGGAUUAUAAGGGAGAACUCAAGACUGCGCUGAAGCCCUUGCAGGACAAGCUGAAAACCUUUAAUAAAGUUAAAAACGAAUGUGAUGAAACAGCAGAGCACAUCAAGAAACAAGCCCAGCAAACAGAGAGGCAGAUAAAGGAGGAGUUUGAGAAACUUCACCAGUUUCUACGAGAUGAAGAAAAGGCCAGGAUAGCUGCACUGAGGAGGGAAAGGAUACAAAAGGGAAGAAUCAUGAAAGAGAAGAUUGAAAAACUUACAAGAGAAAUCUCAUCCCUUUCAGACACAAUCAGAGUGAUAGAAGAGGAGCUGGAAGCUGAAGACAUCAUCUUCCUGCAGAAGUACAAAGACACACAGAGAAGAGCCGAGUGCACACUGCAGGAUCCACACUGUGUUUCAGGAGCGCUGAUAGAUGUAGCCGAGCACCUGGGCUCUCUGAAGUACAAAGUGUGGGAGAAGAUGCUGGGGAUUGUUCAAUACACUCCAGUGACUCUGGAUCCCAACACAGCACACCCUGCUCUGAUAUUGUCUGAGGAUCUAACAAGUGUGAGAAACAGCGAUGAGGGACAGCAGCUUCCUGACAACCCAGAGCGGUUUGAUCACUGGGGGUGUGUGCUGGGCUCUGAGGGUUUCACUUCAGGGAAACACUGGUGGGAUGUGGAACUGGGGAGCAAUACUAACUGGUUUCUGGGUGUGACUAAAGAGUCCAGCCAGAGGAAAGGGAGAUUCACUCUGUGCCCAGAAGCAGGAUACUGGGUUAUAGCCCUGAGGGAUAGGGAUCAGUACUGGGCAUGGACCUCACCACAAACACGACUCACUGUGGAGAAGAAACCCCAGAAGAUCAGAGUUCAGCUGGACUGUGACAGGGGGGAGGGUGCAUUCUUUGACUCCAGUGAUAUGAGAAAACCUCUCUACACUUUUAAACACAGAUUUACUGAGAAGAUGUUUCCAUGGAUCUGGACUGGCUCUGCCCCUCUCAGAGUGUGCCCUGUGAAGACAGUUAUAAAAGUGGACUAGCCCAAUGUGUUCAGCAUAAACAAUAGGGAUGAAUAAUAAUAAUAAUAAUAAUAAUAAUAAUAAUAAUAAUGACUAUCUAUUAAUAUUGAAAAGGAACGGAAACAUUUUAAAUAGAAAAUGAUUAUCAAAGUGACAAAUGUAACGAUGUUUAGAAAACUAUUAAAUAUAUUCUGACAUAACAUGUUCACCCUCCUCCACCCCUCUCCCUCGUCACGUGACGCGGGUGUUUGGUCUGAGCGCCUCGAAUCCAUGUAGAAAUACAAUUACAAAAACUAGAACAUGAACUGGUUAAAGAACAACACUGAAUAAAGAAUAUGCAUUCUGGAAUAAUAUUCCGUUAAACACAAUGCUCUAUUGAUGUAUUAUACCAUCUACAGCUUUGCAAGCUCUGUAAAUAAUAACUCCCUCAAUGCUGAAUGAAUGAAUGAAUAAUGAUUGCUGGGCUGGUCCGCGGCGUUGUUGAAUCGAUCAGGAUAUCGUAUCAUUUAAUUGGUAAAUGUAUCGCUGUAAUAACUUGGAAGCUGCACAUUGUGAUCGUGUGGAUGUGUGUCUUUUGUGGCCGCUGUGAAACGGUCCCGCAAAUCACUGCUCCCGGAUCACAAAGGAUCGGUUCACUGCCCUCCCUUUGAUUUAAUGAAUGAUUUUUUUUAAUAAUAAAAAGUAUAUAUUUUAAUUUGGA